AUGAAGCUACAAGGCCCGCGGGCUUUCGCCACAGGCGCAGCAUUUGCGGUGUUCAGAUGGUAUCGAUUGCAAGGGGCAGGCUUGUGUGUAGAGCUUCGUCGCCCGUGCUUUGUGGCACUCAAGAGUUGGAUGACCGUGCCUUGGUCUACAGGCCUCAAGUCGAAAUCUCUUUUAGAUCGUUCAGUAGAUCUGCUGGUGCGAAUCCCUGGCCUCCUAAAAGGUUACGACGACUCGCUCUGCGGUAAACUCUCGCCCGAAGGCCUGGAUCAGAUCGUGUACAAUCUCGUCGAUGAUAUGCACGAGUGGCUUCGGAAGCACUUGAGCACGUCGCCGCUAUACGCCACUUGUUUUGAGUCUGACCAGCCUGUUGAUAUACAAGCUGUUGCGUGCGCUAUCUCGACGGGAAAAUGCUCAGAUGCCGAAUUCGCUCAAGCCGUGGCGUUGUACUUGUCUACCUGGCUUCUAAUAACUCGACUGGGCGACAGAUAUACUCAUAUGCUACCACAGCCAGUGGCAAUCUUGGCAGAGCAUACACUAGCUAUCUGUAAAGCGUAUUUGUGCCGACAGGAGGAAACAGGACUGGUGCCAUGGAUCUUUGCUACACGCAUUGCACUGCUCAUGCCUACGACGGCUAUGGUCUCGAACAAAGUCGAGCUUUGCAGAGAGAUUGACCGGCGAUACUCUUGCGAACUGAUGGCAACUUCAAUCAAUUUCACGACGACGGAGAUAGAGUCCUACCUGAGUCAUACAGAGACUGCUGCGCAUGAUGUCAACAUUGACCGGAUCUCUAACAGCGAUCUUGAGCUACAAGUGAGGAGAGAAGCAAAGCUUGGAGACUAA